AGAGGCAACGAUAAAUAAUAUAAAUAUUUUAAGUUGGUACCAUUGGUUUUAAUGACAUUCAGAUAACACUUUAUACGUUAUCAGUAGCACGUUAUUGUACACGAAAAUUAAAAGAUUUAAAUUUGAACUUCAUGUCCAUCAUCAUUCGUACAAAAGUGAUUCAUUCCAACAAAAACCGUAAAAACUAAUGUUAAUCAUUAAUUCAUAGUUUGAUCACAACUUAAACGUGUCUAAAUAAUUAAACCUUCGUAUACCGUGUAGACUAAUGAAAAUGGACAAAUCGAGUGUAUAUGAUUUCGGUAUCGACGACGAUUCAGUUCCAUCAAUAGAACAAACGGUUGACAUAUCUAAAGAUGUUCCACCGACUGUCGUUCAACGGUACUAUGAAUCUCGUUAUGCCACGAACGUCAACGAAAAACCCAAUCAAGACUACAGUGUGUUAAUUCAUUCCAACAAUCUGUGCAUCUUGUCGUUGGCACCCACUCAUGUUUUAAUGGGCAAAACCAUCGACAAAAUAGAUUUUCAAGUAUCAGGGAACACUGACCGCCUCAGCAAUAUAAUGACGGGAAAAGGAAAACGAGGAGCUCAAAUUGUGCAGGCAGGGUCAACUCUGUGUAAGGUCCAUUGUUCUGACGGCGAAGAGCACAAAAUACUGUCGGCCGUCCCGGGAAAAUUAGUGCAAAUGAACAGCAAACUAGCAGAAACUCCAAACAUCAUGUUGACCAAACCAGAUGAUCUUGGAUUCAUAGCAAUAGUGUUACCACAAAAACAGAGGUUUGAAAAGAUCAAAGACGGACUCUUGACUAAAGAACAAUACACAACUAGAAAUUCUAGUUUGACUGAAAUAUAAAAGAAUUAUUGUUUUUUUUUUUACUAUUGUGUGCUAUUAUUUUAUAAAUAAAUAAAUUUCUUGAACAUAUCUACACCUUAGGAUUAUACUAUGGAUUAUUUUGUUUUAAUUUAAGUUCUAUAACCAUAACAUGUUUUAAUAGAAUAGCUUGACUUCUACCAAUAUUACCUACAAGUUAAUUUGUCUAAAUAUUCAAUUGUUCAACAAUCAUUAUUAAUUUAAUGAGGAACAUUAUAAGUGAGUUUGAGUGAUGCAACAAUCAAAGUGUUUGUAGCAGCAUGUUAGGCUCAGAUGUUUGUAACAAUAGAGGUGUUAAAAACAGCUUGCGUACAGUACAGUGUGUACACCGUAAUGCUGAAGUACUUAGCAUAGACAAAAGCACUGACACAGUGAAUUCUGCUUUCA